AUGUUGAAUGGUGCCUCUAAUGUUGUGGGUAAUGGUAUUGGUGUUGUUAUUACUUCUCCUACUGGAUUCCAUAUUUCGUUCACUGCUCGUAUUUGUUUUGAUUGCACAAACAAUACAACGGAGUAUGAGGCUUGCAUUAUGGGACUCAAAGCUGCGAUUAACAUGAGGAUUAAGUUUCUUGAAGAGUAUGGGGAUUCUGCACGUGUGAUUUGUCAAAUCAAUGGAGAUCGGGAAACUCGGCACCCAAAUCUUAUCCCCUACAGAGAUCAUGCGAUGAAGUUGAUUCCUUAUUUUGAGGAGAUCACUUUCAGCCACAUCCCAAGAGAAGAGAACCAUUUGGCUGAUGCUCUAGCUACCUUAGCUUCAAUGUUCAAGGUUAAGUGGGAGAAUGAAGCACCUUCCAUCAUAAUUAUCCGGUUAGAUGAACCGGAAUUUCGCUAUGUAACUGAUGAUGAUCUUCAAGAUGACAAGCCUUGGUAUGUUGAUAUCAAGAGGUACCUCGAAAAGCAGAAGUAUCCUAAAAAUGCAACGAUUACGGAUAAGAAGAUGUUGAGAAAGUUGUCAGCUAAAUUCUUUUUGGAUGGAGAUGUGUUGUACAAGCGGAAUUAUGACUUUGUACUGCUCAGAUGCGUGGAUAGACACGAAGUAGAGAAAAUUAUCAAAUAA